UACCAUCUGGGAAAUACCACAGCAUCCAACACCUUGACCGCUUGAACUAUCGUAUUAUCUAGAGACCAGCUGAGAAAUAAACACAAUGGAGUCCGUCUCAACACCUCGCAUUUCCAGCCGCUACAUUGACUCUUAUGUUGGCCGGACUGUCAUGGUUGUGGGCAAGGUCAUUCAGCUGCGUGGAAACGAGGCCUUGAUUGACUCGGACGGUCAGAUCAACGUCAACCUGAACCCACAAUGCCACCUCACACCCGGUAAUGGAGUACAAGUCAUUGGCAAGGUGAGCUCGGAUCUGACCAUUAAGGUCAUGAGCUCAGUCGACUUGGGUGACAACGUCGAUUACUCAAUCUCCCAGUCAGUGGUGGACGUGACACACCAAUACAAGGAGCUCUUCGUCUACGAGCAGUGACGAGGCGAUGCGCGUUCGUCGAACCCUCCUCCCGGCAGCACGCCCGGACAUGUGGACUUGCUCUGGCCGGUGGGCUCCCCACGCGCCUUCUCGUUAUCGUCUCACCAACCAGCACCGCUCGAUGGUCAGCAGGCGACUGUGCUGACUCCUCGGCCGUCC